AGAGUAGAAGCGUAUAACACACUAUAAAGAUGAACAUUAGCCGACUCAACAUGUUUAUCUUGUCCUCCUAUUUCUUUCACCCACAAUCUCAGUUUGUUACUCUUUUGUUCUGAAACCAUUAUUAACAAAAUCUAACAUUAUACUAUUUUCUAUUUCUUCUUAUUCUUAUUGUAAUGGAUUUUGUCUUCGCUCCAAAACCCCAAACUUUGAUUCUCAAACCACCUUCUUCUUUUCUCUUUCUUCCUAACAACUUCCACUCUCUGCGUCCUCUCUCUGCUUCUAAACAUCUCAAGAUUCAAUGCGAACUUGAAGGCAAACUCAAUGGUUCUCAUUCUGCUGAUUUUGACGCUCGCUUCCUGGAUAGGCAAAAGGCACUGGAAGCAGCAAUGAAUGAUAUAAACAACUCUUUCGGAAAAGGUAGUGUUACGAGAUUGGGCAGUGCCGGUGGAGCUUUGGUUGAAACUUUUCCCAGUGGAUGUUUGUCUUUAGACUUCGCUUUGGGUGGUGGUCUUCCAAAAGGAAGAAUUGUAGAGAUAUAUGGACCAGAAAGCAGUGGGAAGACCACCCUAGCACUUCAUGCUAUUGCAGAAGUACAGAAGUUAGGAGGCAAUGCAAUGCUUGUUGAUGCAGAGCAUGCUUUUGAUCCAGCAUAUUCUAAAGCAUUAGGAGUGGAUGUAGAAAAUUUAAUCGUGUGCCAACCAGAUCAUGGAGAGAUGGCUCUUGAGAUUGCAGAUCGUAUGUGUAGAUCUGGCGCCAUAGAUCUCAUUUGUGUUGACUCUGUCUCAGCUCUCACUCCCCGAGCAGAAGUUGAAGGUGAGAUUGGAAUGCAGCAAAUGGGAUUGCAGGCUCGUCUUAUGAGCCAAGCUUUGCGUAAGAUGUCUGGAAAUGCAUCUAAAGCUGGUUGUACGCUUAUAUUUUUGAACCAAAUAAGAUACAAGAUUGGUGUCUACUAUGGAAAUCCAGAAGUGACAAGUGGUGGAAUUGCAUUAAAGUUUUUUGCAUCGGUUCGGCUAGAAGUUCGUCCUACAGGGAAGAUAAAAUCUGCCAAAGGAGACGAAGAAGUUGGCCUUAAAGUUCGUGUAAGAGUGCAAAAGAGCAAGGUGUCAAGGCCUUACAAAGUAGCUGAAUUUGAUAUCUCAUUUGGAGAGGGAGUUAAUAAGCUGGGUUGCAUUUUAGAUUGUGCAGAAAUGAUGAAUAUUGUCUUAAAGAAGGGAUCUUGGUACAGUUAUGGGGAGCAUCGGUUAGGACAAGGAAGAGAGAAAACAUUGCAGUACUUGAAGGAGAACCUGCAUCUUCUAGAAGAAGUUGAAAAGGUAGUUCGGUCUACAAUGAAUGAUGGAACUAACCAAACAAGCUUUUCACAUGCGAAGAACAAUCCAUUGCUUCAACAAGACGAAGAUAUUUACGAGGAAAGUCUAUGACAAGGAAGUUGUUUUUUGUUGAUGUUGUUAAGAUUGGGUGGUAGAUUGCAGGUUUAUAGAAAUUGGAAAUAUUCUUUUUUCAACAGAAAUGGAACUGGAGGUGUCUUUGAUGAUUAAGUUUUUUUUUCUUUUCAUCCUGUUCCAUUGGGAAAUGUUGUGGAAACUGAUGAUAUAUCGAAGCAUGAGAAACAAAAAAGAAAGGUAAAAUUAACAUUCUAA